CAAAGAGUGCUUUGUUUUACACUUCAACCUUGCUCUGUUUUCCUAUUUCACCCUCUUAGCACCCCGCCAUCUAGCACAACAUGUACCAGCCAGACCAGCGCCCUGCCAUGAACACCAUCCUCUGCCGCAUCCUCUCUAUCUUAACUGCCAUCGUAAUAAUCCUCGGUGUCAUCAUCUUGAUCGUCUAUUUCGUCUUCAAACCCCGUUACCCAGAGAUCCGAGUCGAUUCAGCCGAACUCACCUCACUCAAUUUCACCGGCAACUACCUCACCGCUAAAUGGGACAUCAAAUUCAUCGUCUCAAAUCCGAACAAAAAACUCGACAUCACCUACAACCUCAUUUCCUCCGGUGUGUUUUACGGCAAAGAUAAAAACCAAUUCGGGAACAUAGCAACCACUAAACUUCAACCCUUUUACCAACCAAAAAAGAGCAAGACAUUGUUUCCUGUCCAUUUCGAGACUUACAAUAUGUACGUCGGUAAUGUUGUUGCUAAUGGCAUUAUCGACGGACGGCUUCGUGGAUCAUUGAAAUUUGGUGUGGUGUUUAAUGCUAUUAUCAAGCGUACAGGUUGGUUUCAUCCUAAGGAUAGUUUGUUGAAGGUUUCAUGCAAUCCUAUGAACUUUGUACCUUCGACCAACACUGCUGUUUGGGUCUUACAACGUCCUUUAAAAUGUGACUAG